AUGGCUUCCUCUCCCGCCGUCUCCGUGUCCAUCAUCGACUCCCACAUUCACCUCUAUCCCCAAUCCGAGGUAGAAACCCACCAAUGGUACACCGAAGACAACCCUCUCGCCAAACAGCACUCUAUCCAGGAAUACCAGACCGCCACCGGUGCGCCUGGCAAUCUUCAGGGCUUCGUCUUCAUCGAGGUCGACCGCAAAAACGACAAUGCCAAAGAUUGGACCUUCCCAUUACAAGAAAUCGCAUGGCUUCGCCGCAUCGUAACCGGCCAGCCGAAAGAAGGCGAGGGUCACACCGCUGAGGAUGGCCGUGAUUGCCUCGGGAUCGUGCCAUGGGCGCCGGUUGUGUUGGGUGCUGCAGAGUUGGAAAAGUAUCUUGCUGCUGCGGAAAAGGAAGCUGGGCCUGAAACAUGGGCCAAGGUGAAGGGUUUCCGCUACCUGCUGGAGGAUAAGCCCAACGGAACAGCUCUAAAUGACGAUUUUAUCGAGGGCCUGAAGCUUCUUGGCAGGAAGAAGUUUGUGUUCGACCUGGGUGUGGACCAGCACAAAAGAGGGAGGAUUCAGCUGGAGGAGGCGGUAGAGAUGAUCGACCGUGCACACGACGGCGUGGAUGAGGAGGACAAGGUGGUCUUUAUCCUCAACCACCUUUGCAAGCCAGAUCUAACCAUCGUCAACGUACAAACGGAUCCCUCAUACAUCGCUUGGCGCACCGCCAUGUUCACUCUUAGCAAGUGCGACCGUACCUACAUGAAACUAAGCGGUUGCUUUAGCGAGAUGCCCGAGUCCUUCAGGGCCCGCCCGGCCGAGGAAAUUCUCUCUGCUAUCCUUCCCUGGCUUGCCGUGGUGAUAGCUGCAUUUGGGCCCGAACGCAUCAUGUUUGGAAGCGACUGGCCGGUAUGCACUCUUGGUGUUGGCGAUGAAGCCUGGAAGAAGUGGCGCAGAGUGGUGGAGAUGACGUGCCAUAUGGCCGGCUUGGGACCCGAGGCUCAGACAAGGCUUUGGGCGGAAACAGCGAGGGAAGCGUACAAGCUUGGUAGUCGUCCCAUCUACAAGGUCGUAGACCUGACAAGGGACGCUCCCAUUCAAGAAGAGAAUUAG